ACAAUAAAGCAGCGUUAAAGAAAUGUCCGUGCCAGACCUUAAAUGUGAAGCGUCUUGAAACCCCAAGAACCCUACAACGAAAACUAUUGGAAGUUUGGUUGAUUACUCUGGUCUGAUGGAGAACAAUCGAAUUUGGUUGAUUACUAUGGUCUGAGGAAAAAUACGGAAGUUUAGUUGAUUAUUCUGGUCUGAUGAGCAUACAGGGUGUCAGUCUAAUGCGGGGAGAUUUAAAUAUUAACUGAAACCAAUAAUGUCGAAAGAAUCCCAGCGGAUUGUUGAGCUGAAGCUGCCUGAAGAUCAGAGCCAACUGCUCGGAGUUAAGUCCCAGAAUGAUGAGAAAGCGGAGGCAUUUACCAGCGCCUUCCUGAGGCGGAGCAUGCCCGGAGCCUCCCUCACGAAAAUCGAGUGUGCUCUGGUGCACAAGGCCGUGGUGCUCAAGUACCACAAGAAGGCGGGACCCAAGAAGACGAAGAGACCCAAGGGCCUCAGUGCCAAGCAGAGGAGGGAGCUCAAGGUCUUCCAGCUGAAGCCAGAGCACCUCAAGUACGAGCUCUUUCUGCCCCUGCAUGAGCUGUGGAAGCAGUACGUGCGUGAUCUCUGCAAUGGGCUAAAACCAGAAAGUAACCCACAGGUCAUUCAGAACAAGCUACUGAAGGCAGAUUUCCAUGGUGCUGUUAUCUCAGUGGACCGGUCAAAAUGUCCGUCAUACGUGGGCACUACAGGAAUCUUGGUGCAGGAGUUAAAACACGUGUUUAAGAUCAUCACCAAAGAGGACAAACUGAAAGUGAUCCCCAAGCGUGGUAGUGUCUUCAGCGUGGAAAUUGAUGGCUUCGUCUCGCACAUCUAUGGAAGCAGGUUCCAAAUGAGAUCCAGCGAGCGCUCAGCUAAGAAGUUCAAGGCAAAGGGAAACAUUGAUCUUUAGUUGUAUAUGUUGGUUGUGGAUUCCUGGACCCCUCCAGUGCUGCUAUCUUUCAGAGUUUUCAUGAUCUGGGACACAGGAAUCUAUGGAAGAUGUUCCUGUCUCUGGUUUUCACUUCCUUAAAUAUGGAACCCUACUUUCCUGAUGAAAGUUUCCUUCAGUAGUCAUUUUUAAAGUAAUUGAUUGUAAUUAUAUCUGGCACUCCAUCAUUUUAAUGUCCAAAAACAAAGGAAAUGCUGUUUUUCUGCUUUGGGAUUGAGGGGUAAAAAUCAGCAUACAGAGAAGAAAGGAUUGAGACCCAUUGGGAUUUUGUCCUCAUGGUUACAGUACUUUCCUUUUUGCAUGCUGAAAUGAUUUAUUUUGAAUAACCUUUUAUGUUUUCUUCCUGAUGAAAUAUGAAGCUGAAUUUUAUGAAGAUUUAAAUUGUGACUGAACCAGGACCCUGCAGUGACAUUUGUGGCCACAAGGAGUCGUGCAACAAACUGUAACAGCAAAUGCACGAGGUAUUUUGUUUGUGCCGUUUUACACUUAAUGAAGUUUAGUAAACUGUGGCGUUUGAAUGGUCUCUGAUUAUUCAUCUCUUAUGAUUGAUUUUGUAAAUAUCAAAAUUUACGGCAGAUAAUCUCUUCGUUUUCCAUCAAUUACCUGUUCCCACAAGAUAUUUUUCAUUUUAUUUUUUUGGAUCUGUAUUUGAGCAAGAGUGCAUAUUUUCCUUUAUGCCUUUCACCACAAUGUGAGGUGAGCAUACAGUAUUCCAGUUUAGAAAUAGCAUGUCACCAGGAAUGAAAAGAUAAAACGAAUAUAAAUGAUGUCAUUGUAUAUAAUGUGAUAAAUGAAUAAACAC